AUGUCUGCAUUACUCACUUCAGUCACUCCUAAAUCCUGCUGUUGUUUCCAGGGCGUGACGCUCGUGGGCCACGACCUGGGGGGCCCGACGGGGCUGAGUGCCUUAUCGCGAGACUCCGGCCGCUACCGCCGCGUGGUCCUGCUCAACACGUGGCUUCCUCAGGGCGACAUGUUCUCGUCCCUCUCGAGCAUCAAGGCGCACCUGCCCUACCUGUCCUUCCGCGGCCUCACCCAGGUCCUCGGCCGCAACCUGCCCUUGGAGACCGUGUUCUCCGUGGCCACGCAGUCCUCCGCCGCCGAAGUGCAGGGCUACGUGGCGCCGUUCCCUUCGUCGCUGUACAAGGCGGGUCCCUCCCGAUGGCCGCUCUUGAUCCCGACGUCCUACUCCGACCCCAUGGGCGUCGAGAACCGGAGGGUCGCCGCCUUCCUCGAGGGGUGGGGGGGGCCCGCCCUCGUGGCCUACAGCGACAGGGAGGUCUUCACUCUCCCCGGCCAGGACCUCUUCCGCCGCCUCCUGCCCAGAGCCUGCACGGCCACGGUCAACGACGCAGGACACUUCUUGCAGGAGGAUCAGGGACCUGCCGUGGCGCGUCUCAUCGUCCAAUUCAUCCACGGGCAGUGUUGAUGCGCGCGAGUGAGGAUUGCGAGAGGGUGACUUAUUAUUAAUAUUAUUUUUUACGUUUAUAUGACUGUUUAUCACUUCAUCUUAACAUAGAUGUCAAUAUUUUUUUUUUUUUGAAAGGCUCUAAUUUAGGAGUAAUGUGAAUGCUACUGAAUGCAUACAAUGUGCUGCUUCGUAUGAUGCAAGAGAGAAGAUGGGUUUUGUUAGGCAUUAUCACUUUUAAUUUAUGUCGUUACAUAUUUAUUCUGUCCAUUUGUUGUAGGCGAUAGCCGAAUACCGCACAAUAGAAAUAAAAAGUGAUCCUGCAAC